UGCCUAAGCCGUCCAAUGAGGCUUCCAAAUGUUGGGAGAGGGCGGGUCCAGCAGCGGGGAUGCCACUUCCCGUCCAGCCAUUUUAGGCGUUUGUGUCUUCUCCGGAGAGAGCCCCGCAGGUUGUCCCCAGUGUUUGUGUCUCAUCCGCUGAUCACAGGAGCCGCUGGCGAACACCAGGGCACCCGGCGACUGAACAUGGAGUCAGUAACCUUUGAGGAUGUGGCUGUGAACUUCUCCCUAGAGGAGUGGGCUAUGCUGAAUCCAUCCCAGAAGAACCUCUACAAAGAUGUGAUGCAGGAAACCUUGAGGAACCUGGCCUCUAUAGGAAACAGUUUAGAGCACCAUAUCAUUGAAAAUAUAUACCGAAAUUCCUGGAGAAAACUAAGUGGUCAAGUGGUGGAGGGACUCUAUGACUUCAAAGAUGAUCACCAGUGUGCAGAAAUCUUUGACUUCACUACACAGAGCAUUGUAAACCAGAACCCCUUUCCAGGAGUACACAUAUGUGAAAACAGUGGAUGUGCAAGAGUAGUCAUUGGCCAUUUGUCUCUAAGUGUGCUCCUUAAACCUGACACAGAGCAUGAAUCAUAUGAAGACCAGGAUUAUGGAAAGGAAUUGUACAACAGUGUGGAAUUUGGGGCCGCCUCCAGUUCUCUCCCAUCGUUUGAGAACUAUGAAAGUACUUACACUCUAGAGAGACUGUAUAAAAGUGAGAAUUGUGAUGAAGACUAUAGAUUUGGUCAAAAUCUUCAAAAGACUUUGACUGAAGAAAAGCCCUUUGAAUGUAAGCAAUGUGGGAAAGCUUUCAGUUCUUCAAGGUACUAUCGAAGGCAUGAGCGACGCCAUCGGGCAAAGAAGUCCUAUAUAUGUAAGCAAUGUGGGAAAGCUUUUGCUUUUCCCACUUACUUACAAACCCAUGAGAGAAUUCACACUGGGGAGAAGCCCUAUGUGUGCGUGCAGUGUGGGAAAACCUUUGCUCAUUCUCGUUCCCUUAAAACACAUAAAAGAACUCACACUGUUAGGGACCUCUUUGUGUGCAAUUACUGUGGGAAAACCUUACGUCAUUAUAGUUCUCUUCAAAUUCAUACAAGAAUUCACACAGGAGAGAAACCUUAUGUAUGUAAACCAUGUGGCAAAGCCUUCAUUACUUAUCGUUCCUUUCGAAUACAUGAAAGAAUUCACACUGGAGAAACUCCUUAUGAAUGUAAGCAGUGUGGAAACACCUUCAUGCGUUGGAUUCAAUUACGAAAACAUGAAAUAAUUCACAGUGGUGUGAAACCCUAUGCUUGUAAGCUAUGUGGGAAAAGCUUUACUUGUUCUGGUUCCCUGAGAACACAUGAAAGAAUUCACACUGGGGAGAGGCCUUAUGUGUGUGACCAGUGUGGGUAUAGCUUUACUCGAUUGAACUCGCUUUUAAGACAUAAAAUAACCCACACUGGCGAGAAGCCCUAUGUGUGUAAUCAUUGUGGGAAAACUUUUCCUCGUUCUGCUUCUCUUCAAAGACAUGUAAAAAUUCACACUGAGGAGAAACCCUAUGUAUGCAAGCAGUGUGGGGUUGCCUUUGUUACUUCGACUGAACUUCUAGAACAUGAACAAACACACAUUGAUGAAAAACCUUACGUAUGUGAGCAAUGUGGGAAUGCCUUCGUGCUUUGGAGUCAGUUUCAAAAACAUAAAGCACUUCACAGUGUCCCCGUUUCCUAUAUUUGUAAGCAGUGUGGGAAAAGCUUCACUUCUUCCAGGUCACUGAAAACCCAUGAAAGAAUUCACACUGGCGAGAAGCCCUAUGAGUGUAAGCAGUGUGGGAAAACCUUCCUUUGGUCUUACUCCCUUCAAAGACAUGAAAAAACUCAUGGUGAUGGGAAGCCCCAUGUGUGCAAACAGUGUGGGGAAGCGUUCACGUAUUACAGUCAUCUUCAGGUGCAUGAGAAAAUACACCUUGAUGAUGAACCCUAUAAUUGUAAAUACUGUGGGAAACCCUUCUUUACUCUGAACCAUUUACAUAGACAUGAAUUACUUCACACUACCAUGGAUUCCAGUAUUUUUUAAUAAUGAAUUAGAGAAAAAAAAUUUUUUUUGGCUUGGUAGCUUUCAAAGACAAGCAAAAUCACACUGGGGGCAAAACCUGGAUUUGUGCUAGCAAAGUGGAAGAACCUUUUGCAUUGUUUCAUUGAAACAAACAUGAAGCGCCACAAUGGAAAGAAACAUUUUUUUUUUUUAAAAAAAAUCAAUGUGCAAAUGGUUUUUGUGUUUAAAGUUCCUUGAAGUACGUGAAAGAGAAACAAGCCUAUGACUGCAAGUGAUGUGGUGAAGCCUUCUGCAGUCCCAGAUCAUGGAGGAGACAUGAGAAAGCUCACUCUAGAAAAACUUACUUGUAUAUGUGGUGUUGUAAAAAAAACCCUUCACUUCUUCCCCAUUGCCCCUGAACACAUGGAAGGAGUCACUGUGGAGAGAAACCUUUCAUAUAUAGGCAAUCUUGGAUAGUCUUUAGUUAUCAUCACAUCCUCUCACAGACGUGAGAGAACAUACUGUAGAGAAACCUUAACAAUAGGAUUUGUGAACUCUUCAUUAUCAUCCUGAUAGCACUCACGAGAAUGUACAUGGGGAGAAUUCCUAUCAAUGGAAAACUGAUAUGAACACCACUUGGUUCAGUUAACAGAUAAGGAAAGAACCUGAUAUGAAGUGCUGAUUUGCUUGAAAGAGAUGUUCAAGUUUUCAUUUGGCACACAUGGAAACACCAGAUGAAAACCUUUGCUGUUGAAAAACAUUGAAAGUCUAGAGCAGUAGCAAAUAUAGGAAAAGUCUUUUGAAAUCUUUUCAUAUUUGAUCUCAUAAAUGUCAGUAUUAUGAAGGACUGAACAUAUUUUUUUUUCUUGUAGCAUGCUCCAGGAAAUGCACACUGAAGAGAAUGUUAUCAGUAUAGUAUUUUGUAUUUAUUGGAAAUUUUUCAGGGGCUGAUAGGAAUGGCUUAGCGUUGAGAGCAUUUGCUACUCUUCUAAAGGACCUGCAUUUGGUUUUCAGCAACAGAUCACAGGGCUCACAACUGCAUGUGACUCCAGUUUCAGGAGAUCCAAUUCUUCCCACACACAUGUGACAUAGGUUCACAUGUACACAUAAAAAUAAACUUUAAAUUUUUUUGUCCCUGCCCCCUGCCCAAAAGCUUUUGCUGUGUAUCCCAGGUUUCCCUGGAACUGGAAAUCUCCCAGGUUCUAGCUCUUGAAUGUUUAAUGAAAGGUGUCUGCUUCCACAUUCAUUAUCAUUGGCUACUAUUUAAAAGUUCAUCUCGUGACUCAUUUUUAAAUUUUACUCUACAAAGUAAGCAUUAAGCAGAGCCUUGUGUUAAUACGGAAUGGCAGCUUAAACCCAUGAACUGGAGACCAGUAAGACCUACGUAUAAAAAAUUACAUUAAUAGAAAGUGUAUUUUAUUAAAUUAUUUUGUGAGGUUUCUUAAAGCAAUCAUGUAUUAGUUUAAUGAGUGAUAUCUUUUUGUAUCAAAUAAGGUAGGUGCUUUCAUUGUAAAUUAUGUUGGAAUCAUUGGUGAAUUGAUAUUUGAAAUAUGCCAGUCCACAUAAAUAUCUUUAAAAGGCUUUUUAGUAUUUGUGUGUGAGUGUGAGAGAGAAAGAGAUAAGAGAGUAGGAAUGUGCCAGUGGAGACCAGAAGAUGGUGUUGUAUCCUUUGGAGCUGGCGUUACAGGUAUCUGUGACGUGCAUGAUGUGUGUGAUGGGAUCUAAAUCCUAAUCUUCAUGGUAGAGCAGUAAGUACUCUUAACUGCUGAGCCAUCCCUCAAGCCCCUGCAUAAAUGUCUUGUUUUCAAUCAUGUUUAAUGGGUGGUUAAAAAUAUGACUUUGUGAAUAUUGGAAUAAUCCUAUUGGUUUCAUUUGGCUGAUUUUGUGUAUAUGCUCAUUUUUCAUGAAAAAAAAAA